AGUGACGCCGUUUCCGUAUUCGGACAAAACGGACAUUCGCGCACCUCCCUACACCUGAAACGACAUCGCUUAUUAUCUUCUAUAUAAGCUACUCUGUUUUUCUACUCUCAGCAGCAGAGCAUAGAAUUCACAGAGAGAGAGAGAGAGUGUGUGAGGCGGUGAAAAAUGAAAGUGGUGUCAUUGAGAGGAAUACGGAAGGCAAUUGCCAUCUACACGCUGUUGGUCUUGAUUGCGCUCAUCGGAGAAUUGGAUUCCCACGAGUUGCGGCCGUCGUACCACGGACUCGACUACCAGAGUUCUGCGGCGGUGGCGGGACACGAGUCAGCGCCGGAGAUGAGGUCGUUCUUCGGCGGAUCUUCUUCUCCGACGUCGACCGUGGCGAUGCCGAAGGCCAUGAACUCCAACUCCACUAACAACGACACGUCGUGGUGGGGAGGCCAUUCAGCCGGUGGGAAAGAUCACGUGAGGGAGGUGCUGCUGGUGGCUAGCGUAGCGUGCGGCAUCACAGGUGUCGCUUUGUUAGUGGCCUCCACUCUGAUUUGCGUGUUCAAAUCCCGACGACAAAGAUCACCGCCGGUGCCACCACCAACUUCGGCGGUGGCGGCAUCAUCAUGUCAUGAUGCUGAGAAUAAGUUGCAGAUAGUGGUUCGUGAUUCUUGAGAAGGAAGCAUUUUGCUUUCUUUUUCUUUGCUUUUUGUUAUCCAAUUAAGUUGAGAGGAAAGUAUUCCAAUUUUCCUUCUUGAUUCACAUAUUUUUAUCUUCUUUAAU